AUGUGCGGGAUCCACGUCUCCCUCUCCCCAUCCACAUCCCUCUCACCGUCCCUAACUACAACCCAUGAUCCCUCCACCACCACCAACAACACCUCCUCCCCCUCCUCUCCCUCGUCCCCCUGGUCCCCCACCUCCAGCUCCAUCCCAGAAUCCCUCGCCCUCGCCUUGCGCGCCCGCGGACCAGACCAUUUCGGCCAGGUCCAGCGCUCCGUUGUCACCCCCACUGCCGGCGGCUGGUUUGUGUCUCUGUUGUCUCUCUGCUUCACGUCCACCGUGCUGGCGCUGCGAGGCGACCAUGUCGCGCGCCAGCCGCUUGUGGGUGAUUCUCAUGGCGGUGAGGGGUCGGUGCUUUGCUGGAAUGGCGAGGCGUGGCGGGUUGGUGCUGGUGCUAAUGGUGUUGGUGAGGGGGGUGGGAGGGUGAUUGGGCUUGGGGAGAAUGAUGGCGAGGUUGUGUUGGGGUUGUUGAUGGCUGCGUCUUCUUCUGUUGGUGCUGGUGCUGGUGGUGGUUGUGGGACGGGCUCGUCGGUGCAGGCGGUGAUUGAGGUUUUAAGGGGGAUUGAAGGGCCGUUUGCUUUUGUCUAUUAUGAUGCUGCGGCUCAAGUGUUGUUUUUCGGUCGGGAUUGCUUGGGCAGGCGGUCGCUGAUGAUCAAGCACGACGCGGGGAGUGGGGAGAUGGUACUCUGCAGUGUUGCUGUUGAAGGCGAGAGUUGGAAGGAGGUUGAGGCGGAUGGGAUCUAUACGGUCAAACUGCGCGCAGGAACUGGGAUGCUUCCGGAACGCCAUGAGUGGCUUGUUGACGACGGCGGUCCUGACUUGGUGAACUUACUCUACUGGCUGCAGGUCUCCGGAAUUGGCAGGUUCAAUAAGGCACUUCCCUGCGGCGACCAUCCUGCGCUGACGGCUGCUUCGUCGUCGGUGGCGGAGCUUAAGGAGCAGCUGGUUGAGUCGUUGAGGUUGAGACUGCUUAAUGUUCCCCAACCCCCUUGUGCAAGCGGCAACACCCGGGUUGCUGUGCUGUUCUCGGGUGGACUGGACUGCACGGUGCUGGCAAGGCUGGCUCAUGAGGUGCUCGAGCCCGAUCAGCGAAUAGAUCUCCUCAACGUUGCCUUUGAGAAUCCUCGGGUCGUUGCCCAGCUCCGAAAGGAGUCCAAUGGCAAUCCGCCCGACGUCUAUGAAGCCUGCCCGGACAGGAUCACUGGCAGGAGGUCGUUUUCAGAACUGCAAAAAGCCUGUCCGGGGCGGGCAUUUCGGUUUGUAAACGUUCCAUACACGGAGACUCAAGCACAUCGGCAUCAAGUCAUAUCCUUGAUGCGUCCUCAUAACACGGAAAUGGACCUUUCGAUUGCCUACGCCCUGUAUUUCGCGGCCCGCGGCCAGGGAUGGUGCACGGAAAGCUCCAGUCCCAAUUCCCAUCCAUCACCGUACACGUCCCCUGCACGGGUUCUCCUUUCUGGCCUAGGUGCCGACGAGCUCUUUGGCGGGUACUCUCGACACCCCUCCGCGUUCCAGCAGGGAGGCUACGCCGGCUUGAUUGAUGAGCUUCUGCUCGACGUUGGUCGGCUUGGCAAGAGAAACCUCGGGCGAGACGAUCGAGUGAUGGCUCACUGGGGUAAAGAGGUGAGGUUUCCAUAUUUGGAUGAACGUCUAGUGAGAUGGGCGAUCCAAACACCGGCAUGGGAGAAGUGCGAUUUCGAGCAUGGAGAAGAUGUCAGUGGUGUUGAGGCAGGCAAGAGGAUACUACGUCUUGUGGCGCUGGGGUUGGGCUUGCCAAACGUGGCCAAGGAGAAGAAGCGUGCCAUACAAUUCGGCUCCCGGACGGCUAAGAUGGAAAGCGGCAGAGUCAAGGGAACGACACCGAUAUCAUGA